AGAGGUUGAGAAAUAGAAAGAGAAAGUGAGAGUGUGCGCCCACACAUGGCAGCUGUCUCCAGCCCAUUUUCCCUCCCCCCAUCGCCAGUCCCCUCUUUAUAUACCCCCUCAAAUCCUCCAUCUCUCUCUACCACCACCCCAUCCACCUCUUUUCUCCACAUCCACCGCCACCGCACAAAGAAAGAAAGAGAAUGGAAGAAAGAAAAAAACCCAGCAAAAUAUCUCUUCAUUAUUUCUUAUGUUUCUUUCUAUUACUCACAUUAUCUGCUACUUCUUCAGUAGCAGCAACAACGACAACAAAGCCAAAGGAGCAAACUUUGAACACCCAAAAAGCUGAAUACUUUAACCCCAAGCUUCCACCGAGAACUCUGUCCACUUCCAAAAAGUUCGAAGGCUCAUCAAACCUUGUCGACCUUCGUUACCACAUGGGUCCUGUCCUUUCCUCUUCACCGAUCAACAUCUACCUCAUUUGGUAUGGUCGUUGGUCCCUUUCCCAAAAACUCCUCAUCAAAGACUUCAUAACCUCCAUCUCCCCUUCCGCCACUCCAGCUUCGUCACCUUACCCUUCCGUUUCCGAGUGGUGGAAAACCGUUUCUUUUUACACCGACCAAACCGGUGCCAACGUUUCCCGAACCGUUGUCAUAGCUAAAGAACACACCGACGCGCGCUAUUCCCACGGUUCCCACCUCACGCGCCUCUCCGUCCAACAAGUUAUUGCCACCGCCGUCAAAACCGCUCCUUUCCCCGUCGACCACCGUAACGGAAUCUACUUAAUCCUCACCUCCCAUGACGUCACCGUUCAAGACUUUUGCCGUGCCGUCUGCGGCUUCCAUUACUUCACAUUCCCGUCCAUGGUGGGUUACACUUUACCCUACGCUUGGAUCGGGAACUCGGGGAAACAAUGCCCCGAGGUCUGCGCUUACCCCUUUGCCGUUCCGGGCUACAUGGGCGGGGGUGGGCCAGGGGCAUUGGCCCCACCGAACGGAGACGUCGGCGUGGACGGGAUGAUUAGUGUGAUUGCUCACGAAUUGGCUGAGCUGGCGACGAAUCCGCUGGUCAACGCGUGGUACGCCGGGGAGGAUCCGACGGCGCCGACGGAGAUUGGGGAUCUUUGUGAAGGGUUGUAUGGAACGGGUGGAGGAGGAGGGUAUAUCGGUCAAGUAAUGAGAGAUGGAAAAGGGAGGACUUUUAACAUGAAUGGGAAUAAAGGAAGGAAAUAUUUGGUGCAGUGGGUUUGGAGUCCUGUGUUGAAAGCUUGUGCUGGUCCAAAUGCUUUGGAUUAAUUAUUUUUUCUUGGUUAUGUUUUUUGAAAUCAAGUUCUUAUCUCUGGAAUCUUGAUUUUUUUAUUAUGUGUCAAGGGGGAGAUAGUUAUGUAUACAGAGUACACCGGUGCAGAUUAUGAAUUAGUUUUUAGAGUUGUAUAAAGAGGUGGAUGGUGAGGGUGAUGACUGAAGGGGUGUGUAGAUUUGAUUUUGUAAUAUUUUUAAUUCAUAAUUUUAUAGCAUUAUUUUUCUUUAAUAUAUUUGGAAAAUUUCAUCUGAA